UCGGGUCUUUAAUGGCUGAACAACAACAACUGUCGGCGCGAGACAAACUUUCCCAAACUUCCUCCGAGGCGAAAGAAAGUUGGAAAUAGCAGAUUGUUUCGCUUGUGUGACACUUUAGGCGCGUUUGUCUGUUUUUCUGUUAAUCACAAAUGUGGGAUUACUGAUGGAUUCGAGGUAUGACAUUCCGCGGAGGGCCGCCGGUGGCAGCGCGGGAUCCGCGAACUCGUCUCCCGCUUUGGGAGCUCAGUCGCGCCGCAGGAAGAUGCCUCCCAGACCCGCUGAUUUCAAACUGCAAAUUAUCAUCAUCGGCUCCAGGGGAGUCGGUAAAACCAGCAUCAUGGAGAGAUUUACCGACGACACUUUCUGCGAAGCCUGCAAGUCGACCGUAGGAGUUGACUUCAAAAUCAAGACAGUGGAGCUGAAAGGGAAGAAGAUCAGACUACAGAUUUGGGACACCGCUGGCCAGGAGAGGUUCAACAGCAUCACGUCAGCGUACUACAGAGGCGCCAAGGGAAUCGUGCUGGUGUAUGACAUCACAAAGCAGGAGACCUUCGACGACCUCCCCAAAUGGAUGAAAAUGAUAGACAAGUACGCCUCAGAGGAGGCAGAGCUUCUGCUGGUCGGGAACAAGCUGGACUGCGAGUCUGAUCGUGUCAUCUCCAGACAGCAAGGAGAGAGGUUUUCAUCCCGAAUAAGUGGAAUGCGUUUCUGCGAAGCUAGUGCCAAGGAUAAUUUUAAUGUUGACGAGAUCUUCCUGAAGCUAGUGGAUGACAUCCUCAGCAAGAUGCCUCUGGAAGUUCCCAACAGUGAGCUUUCCAACAGCGUCCUGUCUCUGCAGCCUGAACCGGAAGUGCCUCCGGAGUUGCCGCCUCCACGCAUGCGCUGUUGCUGAGAGUCAGAGUGGUCUCCCAUCCUACACACACACACACACACACACACACACACACACACAUACAUGCACACAUGCAGAGCACCAAUCUGGCCACCAGGGGGCAGCAAACAGCAGCAGUUUGCAUUCGCAGACUGCUGAUGUAAGAUGCAUGGACUCUCUACAACCAGUAUUAUCUUCCCCCCGUUUCGUAAGCGUACACUAUGACAUGAACGACACUAACACUUAGGCCUGGUGAAUCACCCACUUCCUACCACCCCCCUCUGUCUACACUUGACCCAGACUACCUCAUUCCUCGGACCGUUAGGCUAGCUGUGCCCCGCAGGUGCCUUGGAGGUAGGGAGCCCUCUGGUAGCAGUUGCACAUUUCACACAGAGGGUGAUAAUUGAGCUUCCUGUUUUCUUUUACACACAUACUGCACACUAAGUUUGACAUUGUCAGAGGGUCUGGUAUCUGAAUUAUCUAGAAAAGGGAUAAAAAUAUCUCACGUCUCUUCCGCUUUGUUUAAAUUCUGGAUCUAGGUACAGUAGUUUUAUAUUAAUUGGUAUUAUUACCAAGUGACGAGUUGACUUGAGGUAAACAAAAGCACAUGGUGUAAAUAUGGAGUGUUGCUGUUAUGACUGGACACGGCGCAGGUUUUUGCGGCCGGCAGUAGGCGGUUGUGUGGUGGUGGAUCAUAUCAGUUUGUAUUUCUUUGCCUUAAAGUGUUAAAGUGGCCGGAAAGGCUCGUUUCACGUUUGUAUAAAUUGUAAUGUUUUGCACUACAAUCCAUCUUAGUUAAGCUGACACGCAGGAAACAGAAAGUACACGGCUUUUAGUUUAGUGAAGAUUAGUGUUGCCGUUUAAGUCGCUCUGAACGUCUCCACACCUCGUUAAAGGGACAGUUCAGAUUUAAUGAAGCGGGGUUGUCUGAGGUUCUUAAACACGGACAGUUUAUUACAAACAUUAGAUGUCACCUGGCCAGUUUGGAAAAACACACGAAAGCUCAGCAGUGUGCUGUUGUGGAGGAGUCAGCUGGUGUUUCAGCCACCUAAAAAUAAAACAAAAAAAAGAUAUCAGUCAAACUUUCAUUGCUUUAUGUUAAUGUCAGACUGUGAUUUUUUUUUCACCAAUUAAUGCAUACACUUGCUGAGAAUAUGAGCAUAUUUAAUACAAAAACAAACAAACAAAAGGCAAAAAUAGAUGUACAAAUAUUACUGAUUAACAAACACAAAAGGGCACAGACAAGCAACACGGGACUGUGAGGAAAAGAGAAGAAAAAACAAUAAUAAGGAAUAAGACGAGGGAAAAGUUAGACAGAAAGAAAAAAAUUUUUUAAAAAAGGCAUGGUCUGUUGGGGUUUGGAUGCAUUUUAGGUGAGUUUUGCACAAUGGGUUAAGUUUAAUGUUAUUAAUUACUGCUACUCACACGUACACACGUUCACGCUCCCACAUGCAUGUUUGGUCAGUGGUGUCCAACAGAAAAAUGAAGCCGUUUUAUCGCUCUCUUCAAAGUCAGACUCCGCUGAGAAAAAUCGUGAUCUGACAUCACUGAACACGAGCUGCGGCUCUUCUGCUGCUUCAAUCAUUUAGUAAGUUAGUGUCAUUAUAUAACAUUUAAAAUGAUUAGUUUGGAUUCACUACAGUCUCACAAUAACACAAACUAAACAACUGAUCAGUAGCCCAGAAGCUUACGUGUUCAGUAAUUCAUGUCAUUCACGUUAAAUCGCUGGUUUUCUCUGGAGUCUGGUGGCUUUGAUGAGAGCGCUGAUGUGACUUUGCCGUUUAACCAGGCUGUUGAAGCGGUAAAAAACAGUCUCAAAUAUAGCGUACACUUAAACUAAUAUUGAUUUUUUUUUAGGUGGCUAAAAUAAAUUUUGUUGCUGCCCAUCCACAGCAGUACUUUCUUAGUGUCCAUGUUGGACACCAAGUACUGUACGUAAUACUGACGAUGAUUAGUGCCCCAUACCGCCACCGAACGAUCUCUUUAAAGUGGGGUGGAGAUGCAAGGAGAGAUGGGUAAUGUAGUUUCCAUGUGUGUUGCUGGUCUUUUAGAGGAGACAGUAAGCAGCUUGCGCGCGCACACACACACACACACACGGUUUUAGCCUUUGUUUUUGUUACUAAUAUUGUCUAUAAGUGUAUUUGUUUUUCCUCUGAAUCCAGACACAGCCUAGAGAUUUUUGAUUCUUUCUUUUGGGGUUAAAAGUGCCGGAUGGUUUGUUUAGUAUUUGAAGGACUCAGGAAACUUUGAUCGGCUCAUAUCUGCUCAUUUUGACAGGCUUUUGUCGCAGACUUGAUUUGAGUUUCACUACAAAUUUAUUUCAAAAACAAAACGUCUUCAUAUCAAAUCGAAGGGGAUGUUUGUGUUUUAUUAGAGGAGGUCAGCAGUUUAUCAUUUUUGAUUUGGAAGUUUGUUACAGACCGGUAUUCAAAACGGCUAUGCAUGUUAGGCCCAUAAACAUUAUUGACCAUUUAAUUAUUCCGUCUUUUCUUUUUGCUAAAUUAAUGCAAUAUUCUAACUGUGAGUUGUUUGUUUUGUUUUUGUUUGUUGAAGAAAAAGUCUGCGGGUGACGAAGGAUGAGCCCAUUCAAAGGACCUGAUUAAAAACGACCCAACUGACUUGCUCUUGGUCACUUUUACUUUUUGUGGAAGUUUAAAAUAAAGCUUCUGUGGGCUUAAACUGGCACAUUAUAAACUCUUAACAAAUGAAUCGUUUCACUCCAAAACAAACAAGACAGUCACUGACAUACAAGCACAUCGCAACAACAUCGGCAAACCACCAGACAAGUUCACUUAGCGAAUUUUAGCACUUGUGUUUUGAAAUGACAAACUUUGUUUGUGUUUUGUUGAAUGAAACAUUUAAUUUGUCCCCCCCCCCCGACUUUCAGCAUUUGGCACUAACCCUGUGGUCUUUGUUUUAAUAGCCUUAUACUAAGUGUUUUAAAUAUACAUUUUAAGAAACGCUUUUAUUUGAAAUGUGUAUCCUUUGAGAUGAAAGACUGUACUUUGUAUUAAACCUGUUAAAAGUCAAACAUUUUGGCAUGUCUAAAGCGGAUUUGUGGUAUUUAUAACUUGUGGCAUUCUUGAACUAAUUAAAUGCAAUUAAAGAUAUCUAUAUUUAUUACCAGA